GAUAGUACAGUGUUAUACAAAGAGACGGGCAGGUUAUGACAAUAACGAUAACUUGCAAUAAAAGUCGAGAUAUUUUGUGUUUGAUGAUAUUCAGUGGUUUACUUUAUUUAUUUCGUACCAAUCUGUAAUGGCGAUUUAAUAGACUUGAAAUUACAGAUUUAAAUGAUUGCGUAUUGAAAUCACUUACGACGUGCGAAUUACAGCUAUAUUCCAAAGAACAAGACGGACAUACAUGAGCUUUGGUACGUCAUAUACCACAACACGAUACAUGAGAACUAUUGCGUAACGUUCGAAGCUAGAGGGGAGCAUUCUCAAUAAGAUGGUGAACAUUGAGACACCGGUAGUGCCAGAAUCUCCCGCCAUUUUAAGAGAAAUCCUCCAGAAUAAAGUCCCAAUUUCCCAUGAAUUCCUGCUUACGAAGUCCAAAAUGCAAGCGACGCCCGCAGACCUAAUCACUGAGCGUGAAAACUCUUCGCCCAAACACGUGACCAGAUCUGAUCAAGAUUCCGAAAUCGGAAGUGACGCAGAAUCGAGUUUUCUUGACCAAAGUCGAGUCGAUGAGACUGAAGUGGAUGAAGCCAAGUCAGAUAUGGAUGACAACCAGUCCAAUGCUGUGACUUCCGGUGAAGAAAAUCGAGAUCUGAGGCGGGCGCGCGCGGACAAGAUAGAAUCCGGGCACCCGCAUCACUACGGGGACAUGGAAGCCAUGUACGGCUUAAACGAGGUGCGUCGUCAGAAGCGGAAACAGAGUCUACCGCAGCAGUACGAACAAGACGCGAAAUUUCGUCGUCUGGACGGACAUCCGCUCGAGGACGAUCUCUGGGCGUUAAGACAGCAGAUGAGCGUUGUCCAGAAUUAUUUCCGUCACUUUGACGAGGGAAUCCCGAAACCCAUGAAUGGUUACGCUGGAAUGGAAAAUAUCCAUCACCUUCACCAAGCGUACUUCGCGAACUUACAAGCGGCGAGACAUGCAGAGGUGUUGCAGAAGGAACAGCAACAGAACGCACAGGCAAAAGCUGUGCUCGGAGCGUUCGAGAAACGCGUUGCUAUUGAACGCGAUCAUUAUAACAUCGCCGAACAUGUGCGAGAAACGGUCAACUGCAAAAAAGGGCCUCUCAAAGGCGUGUCUGAACUGAAUGAAAGAGAGCUCAAUGAGCUCGUUUCGUGUUUAAAAUCAAAAAUAGAAGAAGCUGUUAGUGCUACCGUAGACUCUGAGCUUUCAAAAUUCUUCGAUAAGCGUAAUAAACAAAAGGAAACAGGGAGUGGCAACUUCCACAGUAAAGAACCACUGAGAAAUGGCGAAUUAAAACCUGAACUGGAGAAAGAAAAGAAGACGACGGAUCAUUCGUUGAACCAUAUUUUGCAACUGCCAGACAGUAAAGUAAAUAUCAACAACAACAGUCUGUUUAGGCUCCCAGAACGUCAUAGUGCUUUUGAGCCUCCAAAGCUCUCCGGAAAUGGUAUUCAGGACAUACAAAGACUGCCAUUUCCCCACCAUCCUCCACUUGGCUAUCCACCCAUUUCCUUCUACCUCCCGACAUCGCUUCAUCCGCCAUCCAUAUAUUCGUGCCCGAUCAUUCCUCCGGAACAGACCGAAGCUCUGUCAUUGGUCGUGAAUACGCCGAAGAAGAAGCGAACGAAGGUGACGGACACUCGGCUUUCUCCGAGAGCUGCGCGCGCCCUUCUACAAGAGAAUGGCUCGCUCAGUGCCGUUUAUGACCACGAGCGAGUGUUAAGCGCCAGCUACGGGCACAUCAAUCCACCAUGCCUACCAACCAGUGUUGCAAUACCAAACCCUAGUCUCCAGCAAUCUGAUUUGCUCAACUUUUACAAAGAACAACGGAUGUGUGGUUCGCCGGGUAACCUUGACCGCGCCACUCCAUGCUCAUCGCCGUCAGAUGGCGGAUACAGCUUCAUGAACUUCAAUGAUUCGGAUAGCUUCGACUCUCACGGCAAGCAAACAACCGACACUCUGACGCCGAUGCAUCUCCGGAAGGCGAAGCUCAUGUUCUUCUACGUCCGCUAUCCAAGCUCCGCCAUCCUGAAAGUCUACUUCCCGGAUGUGCAGUUCAAUAAGAACAACACGGCGCAGCUCGUCAAGUGGUUUAGCAACUUCCGGGAAUUCUACUACAUCCAGAUGGAGAAGUACGCUCGUCAGGCAAUUGCAGAGGGCUGCAAGCGUUCGGAGGAUCUCGUAGUCACGACGGAUUCCGAACUUUACCGAGUGCUUAACUUGCACUACAAUAGGAACAAUCAGAUUGAGGUUCCGGAAAACUACCGGCUUACAGUGCAGUCAACUUUGCGCGAGUUCUACCAGGCGCUUGUGGCGAACAAGGACCAGGAACCCUCCUGGAAAAAGCCCAUCUAUAAGGUGAUCGCUCGAAUGGAUGACGCACUUCCGGAGUUCUUCAAAGCGUCCAACUGGAUGGAUCAACUCGGAGACGCUUGAAUAAUUUAUUGGUCGGAAAUGACGCUUGAAUAUGUGUCGGAAAUGACGUUCAAGUAUCUGUCGGACAUGACACGCGUUAAUAAAACUGUUGAAUGGUUUUGAAUUAAGUGACGCUGUUUUAAAAUCAUUCGUCUGAUAGGUCAGACAACUGAAAUUGAGGGCACGCAUUGUAUGCACAGAACGGGUGACGCGAACUGCUGAUAUUGCUAAAGCGUUUUAAUUGCCAGCAAUUACGUUGACGUUCUAUUACGUAAACAAGUUUUAUUCGCCAUUUUGAACGUACAAUUCUUGUUAAACUGUACAUUUGGACAAAGGAAAGGAUCGGUUAUGAAAAAUAGACACUGUCGCAAAACUCUAUGGUGGUGAAAAACAUGCUAUUGUUUUCUUUGUCGAGAACAAACCGAGAGACGGUAAUUAUGUCAGUAAAUAUACUGUGUAUGUAAUAUGUUUUGAUCUGACAUUUAGAAAUCUGAACGGUUAUAUAAACAAGCGCGGUGUGCGCUGAUAGAAAUGUUGUUUGUUCAUGGGACAGACGUGGACGAUUUUUUGAAAUGGCGCGAUUUUAUACGUUUGUAGAAUUUAUUUUAUACAAAGAUUUAAAAUGAGCGUUGUUCCACAAAUAUGACAUUUUAGUGAAUCGUUCCAAGAACAUAGUGCAUAUUGUUAUACAAUUGCGUUGGUCAAGUUAUAUUUAUAUCAAAACAUGUUAGUUACUGCUUAAUCCCGGACUGCUGUUUAUUAUUAAUUGAUGAAUUAGUUGACGACGAAUUGUGGUUUGAACUUUCAUAUUCGUACUCAUCUCGAAGCAUUAAAUCAAAGGCAUUGUGCAAUUAUAUUUUGAUUAUUUUGAUUGUAUUAUUACAUAUACAAUGGUAUUGCUUCGUAUUUAAGCGCAGUCACCAUGUUUUAGUUUUACUGGAUUUUGCUGUGUAUUUUUUAAUUUGUUUCUGUUUUAUUGGGCAUCAUGUUAUGUAUGGUAUAUGUAGUGGAGUUGCGUAUGUACGACGUUGAACAACUUUGAUAUUUUUUUAAUUAACUCUUUCAGUGCUGGAACCGAAUUUUGAAGGCCUUUGCAAACAGUUUGGAUCCAGAUGAGACGCCACAGAACGUGGCGUCUCAUCAGGAUCCAAACUGUUUCCUUUUCUUAUAGUAUUCUUUGAAAAAAAUCGAAGAAAAAGCUAAUUUUAAAAAUUCAGCAGACGACAUUUUAGCAGACGACAAAUUUCCCAGCAUGCAAAGAGUUAAAAUACUGAAAAUUAGCCGGUCUUUCGAAAAAUGUGCAUGUGCGUAAAGUACCUGUCAGGUUGCCUUGUGUAAUUCGCACAGACUUAUCAAGGACGAAACUUUCCGCUUUGAUGGAGUUGUUCGUCUUUUCAAAACGGAAAUCAAGUCUUUGCGGAAAGAAUCGUCUCUGAUUAGCUUAAGCGAAAUGCGCAUGCGUUAAGCCCGUUUUCAAAAAGAGCGGCUGAACAAAAUUUUAAUGUCUGUUUGAUUAAAUAUAAAAUAAUAUUCGAGUUUGUAAGCAAUGUGUGAUUCGUGAGUAAGUUUACUGUAUCAUUGAAAAAAAUAUUUAUGGGGUAACAAUGGUUAACGUUUUGUGACAUGCACAUAGGUUUUACAAAUGGCAAUUCAUUUUGCACGUAAUCAUUGCAAUCUGAAUUAUUGUGUCGAACCUCUUGGAUUUAAUGGUUUACAACUUUCCCUACGUGGGUAGUAAAUUCUAGUCUAUGCGCUUGAUAUUCACGUUUUUACGUUUUAUGCAAUUAUUACAGUUAUAAAGGUUGCUUCAUUGUGAAGUGGUCACUAAUAUUUUACUUUUACAUUCGCAGUUGUUUUGUGUUCCCGUUAGUCCAUUUCUCUAUUGCAUAUGUGUAUUUUUUUAUCUUGUUCAAUUAGCCCAUUUAUGCAUAGCGUCUAGAAAAAAGGCAUUGGCAAACAGCGUAGACCCAGAUGAGACGCCGCAUGGUGCGGCGUCUCAUCAGGGUCUGCGCUGUUUGCUGAAAGGAAUUUCUGUAAGAAAUAUUCUAAAUAUAGCGAAAAAUACACUAGACAUCCCUAAUUUUGGAAAUAAAUUGAUCCAAUUUAGAAGGACGGGAGAGUCCACGAGGCAUAAAUGGGUUAAAUUUGCAUCCCAUAUCAAAACAUAUUUAAGUACAUGCUCAGAGCAGUUAUUGAUUUAUCGCAUGAAGAUUUAAGUACCAUUUUGAGACAUCAUUUAACGAAACAAAAAGGUCCUUUUUCUAGCUUUACAUUCCUGGUACAUUCCAUACAUUUUUAACCCAUUUAUGGCGAGUGGACUCUCCCAUCCUUCUAAAUUGAACAAUUUAUUUCCAAAAUUAGGGUUGUCUAGUAUAUAUUUCUAUAUUUAAAAUAGUUCUUACCGAAAUUCAUUUAAGCAAACAGCGCAGAACCUGAUGAGACGCCGCAUCAUGCGGCGUCUCAUCUGGGUCUACGCUGUUUGCCAAUGCCUUUUUUAUAGACGCUAGGCAUAAAUGGGUUAAACUAGGCUCUUCAUGUAAUAAAUUUGACCAUUAUAGUAUGAAUGUUGAACUUCACCUGAAAGAAAUUAAAUAAUCUUAGUAUUUUCGGUGCAGUUCGCAAUUAAGUUUUGUGUUACAGUCCCGAUUAACGAAUUGUAAUAAUAUGUUUUGAGCUCGUUUUUUGUUCUUGUUUAUCCUACUGAGUUAGUUAAUUGUUAUCCUGUAUUGUUCCAUUUGUUUGGCAUUUUGUUAGACUUUUAGAGAAAUGCACUUAUGUUCUCUUGUUAAAGGCACAAGAAAAAACGCAUUAUUUUUUUUAUUUCACAGGUGAGGUUAUAAUAUGUUAAACAAUAUUUUAAAACCCGUAUAACGAACCUGAGAUUGUGUCUGAGUAAACAAUUCAGGCAUAAUCUAUAUGAAAUACAAAUAAGGAUAGCUUAAAACACCGAUUGUUAAGAAAACAAGACUCAAUGUGAAAUAUGUGAGACUUUAUAUGAAUAAGUUUUGCCUUGAAAUUGUUUGUGAUUAUUUUAUAAAUGGUGGUUUGUUUCAUUUCCGACACUGUUUUAGUGUGUUUAAAAAACGGGACUUUUUACUUGAAUAUGUACGUAACUAGUUCUUUUAUUAUAUACUCAUAAUAUUUUAUUUAAAUACAUAGCCUAAUUCUUUUUAGAAAUACAAGCUUUUGGAUACGAAUGAUGUAUUUCACAGCGUGAACUCCGUUUUAGUAUUAUAGACUGAAAAAGAGAUUGCCAAGCAAUAUGGUCACCUACCGGUGAAACUCCACCAUUGUCAGUAAUUUUUAUUUUUUAUUUGUUGCCAUAGCAACCAGAAUUUUUGACGUAGGAACAAAAUGAAAUGACGUGCAUAAUCUCCAUAUUGCCAUCUAUCCAUGUUUCAAGUUUCAUGAAAAAAUAUGAAGAACUUUUAAAGUUAUCGCAGGAUCCAGAAAAGUGUGACGGACUGACAGACAGACUGACAGACAAUCAGACUGACAUACUGACAUACAGACGGAGUGCAAACCAUAAGUCCCCUCCGGUUUCAUCGGUAGGGGACAAAAAGCAACGUAAUUGUAUGUGCUAUAUAAAUAUAACAUGACAUUGGUUUUCGCUGGCUCGUAUCGCAUGAUUUGUACGUUAAAGGGACUUGUUCACACUUGGGCAACAUGCCAUUUUUUCAUCGAUCCAAAAAUGUAUGCAUCAUAUUCAGUUAACCAAUUGCACUACUGACUAAAUAAAAAAGAAAGAAAGCGUUUGUAACGCUUUGCGUCGAUAAUUCGACAAAACGUGUAUUACCGAAACAACCACCCAAAUGCAAAAGUUAGCGUGGAGUAAUGGUACCGCAGUACAUUUGAAUCGUGAGAUAAGGAGUUCUGAUCUGGUAAUCAGUAUUUGAAAUGAAAUAAUAACUGUAUUGCAAUAAUAUUAUAUAUAGGUAUGUUAUAAUAAAAGAUAUACGUAACGUUCCGAUUGAUAUGGGGAAAAACGGUUCUUAAUGUAGAAACGCACAAUUCACAACUAUUUCAUACGAGCGAUGUAUCAAUAUGCUUUAGUUGUUAAUAAACUAUGCUCAAGUUGUUUUUAAAGUUAAACAGUUCCAAAUAAAUUGUACAUGGCUGUGGUGUUCCGAUGAGUUGUAUGGCAAAUAUAGAGUUUGUUACAUCGAAUGUCAUUUCCAAAUCGGGCUUGUAGAAAAACAUCACUCAAUAAACUCGUGCGAUGUAACUAAUCGAUCACCAUAUACAUUUAAUAUUUCCAUAAUAUUUCAUACACAAUACAUGUACACAAAAAGAGUUUUAAUCGUUUUAUUUACCAAGCAGGAUAAUUACUAUAUCGUUAAAUCAUUUAAUUUUCCCAAUGGCACUUUUAUUAUUUAUUUUACUAUUCUCUGCAAAUGGCAAAAAAUAUCAAAACUAGUAUAAUCAAAUGCUAUAUUUGCACUUUAUCUCUAGUAUUCUUCAAUACGUUUUUUAUUAAUAUGCUCUUGUGUGUUGGUAGACUCCCACAUUAUAUAACCAUAGUUGUAAAUAUCUUUAUUUAUUUCACCUUGUCACUGUAUUCGUUUUCUACAUUUUUUCAUUGUUAUAUCGUUAAUGACUAGUAUAUAAUGUUUGUCAUUCUUAUAAAUCAAAUAAACAUUAAUCCUA